AUGAGCCACCCAACACACCCAGCGACAGUGCACUUCCCCAUCACCACCACUUUCCUCACAGGUGCUCUGGAUGCCGUGUACUUCCUCUCCAAGUAUGCGCCCACCUCUGACGCCGUGGCCUCAACCUUCAAAACCUUCGACAUCGCUAUAAGCCCCUCCGUCUUCCCGCUCCUCUCCUACUACACCACGCUCCUCACGCUCCUCUUCUCCGCCCCGGCGGUCGCGACCGGCAUGUACGAGUUUAUACCGCUAGUCAAACGUGACGGUUUGAAGUCGAAGAAGGCACAAGUUGGCGCGCUACACGCUGUUAUCAACGAUGUGACGGUACUGGGCGCGGCGUUCAACUGGUGGACACGCAGGGGAAAUCCCGGCAUGGUGCCGAGCGAUACCAACAUCUUGGUCAGCAGUGUUAUUGCGCUGCCGGCGACGAUGUUCGCGGCGUACCUAGGCGGCAGUCUGGUGUAUGUCUAUGGCAUGGGCUUUAGGGGUGGGCAAGCGAAGGCGAAGAAGGUGCAAUAA